AUGUUCAAAUCCUGCAACUACUGCAGACACAGGAAGAAGAAAUGUGCCUUGGACAGCCCGUGGGCUAGCCGCUGCACCGAAUGUAAGCAUUUGGACCUGGUAUGCGAGUUUAGCCGGCGUCAGCCCAGUCUGAAGCGUCGCCAAACCUCCCAGCGCAUUGCGUCACGAGUCUCGGCUGUCGCCGCAGCUUCUGUACCAAGUCCAGCAGAAGAGCGCCGGUGGGCCAACACUGGCAGCAUUGUCUCUGUCGUCAAGGACGGGGAUAGUCAGUUGAAUUCUGCGGGUGUUACUCACUCCGAUGGCCAAAAGAUUAUCCUCAAAGAUGACGAUCCCAAUAUCCCCGAUUCAACGGCGAGAAAGUAUUGGGAUUAUGUUCACCCGCUCACUCCAUUUGUGCCAUCAGAAAUGAUCCAGGACGACAACGAGAGCUGGGACCCGGUGCUACACGAAUGUGUCGCGCUAGCUGCCGGUAUCUGGCUUCAUCAUAGGCCCGAUGCGAAUUUGCCACAACGGGCCAGUGAUUCUCUGGCAUUGGUGACUCAGGGCGAGAUGACACUGCAAUGCCUCGCCGGCGCCUUGUUGAUGAUGCUUCGCUUUCCGGUCGAGAACGACUCUGUACAACGGGUAUUCGGCACCUUGCACGCAGCUUUACUUAUUGGAGAGGAGCUACCAGCUCCCAUUCUUGCGGGUGCAAUCGUCGCCAACACCUGGCUCCGACUGAUCGGCUCCCCGCUAACACCGCUUGACAUCCCAGAUGAUUUCCUGAAGAGCUAUACUCAAUCGGUGGAUCCCUCUACUUUUGCGCAUCAUUAUCUGCGAAUUUCCAACCUAGGCCUGAGCCUCGACCGGUUAAGGCUUGCGGAGGAGCAUGAAGGCCUCGGACCAGAUGCAAAACUCUUGUGGUGUCGGCUAGAGUAUGAGUGUCUAUUCUGGGCGGUUCAACUUCCUUCAUCGCUACUUGACCUUCGCGAUGAAAUGCCAGCUCGACCAGAGGCGAUCACGAUCCAUUCGCUCCAUAAUUUGGUAGUGCUGUCGUUUUACGCCACAGUACUUGGUCGGCAAAAUACCCUUGGCAAGUUGCUGGCCUUGCGCCCUGUACCAGGUGUGCUGCAUUAUAUCUGUUCUCUCGUUCGGUCAGUCUUUAUUUGCCCGCGCGAAAUGCUCAUCCAUUGGGCUAUCCUCUCGGACAUCCAGGCCACAACAGCUCACAUUAUCCUACAACUUUGGCGCCAAACGCAGUUUGAAAAUUUCCGCGGUCUAUUGAAUUUGUGGGACGACGCGCUGGACCGCUAUCCGGAACUGGCCCGAGAGGUGCGCGAGGAGAUUGGUUCUGGACCCUGGACUAUCGAUCAGACAGACGGCUAUUCCGUCUUCUGGACGUUUCGCGAUCUUCGUAGCUUACAUCUUGAAGAUGCAGUUCCGCAGCUGGCCGCUGAAACCAUGUCUUCUCCAAUUCCUUUUGUGGGUUACACUUACUCUGCUGGGCAACAAUCUGAUUCACGCACAUGA